UCUCAAAGGAGGUCAGAAUAAACAGCCACGUUCAUGAAUUCAUGAAGUGCUCCUUGAAUUGCUCACUUCUGCUCCUCCGUGCCUCUGCCAUCACCCCGUCUCCUCACGAGGAGUCUUCAACCGUUUCACUUUAAGGUUAUUUUCAAUUUUGAGCAUGAGUUGCCAUUUUGCGCUGCGCUUUGCCGUGACUUUGGAUAAAUGGAAUAAAGAUCCCCCCUGCCUUUGUUCGAACAUCUUUUUAAAUAUUUACAAGUUGUCAUGUCAUCUGUGACUGGACCGGGAGAAAGAUUUGCUGCCUCGACCCGGGGAGCGCACGGGAUCUCAGAAGCGCAUCAUCAUUGCGGAAUCGUCGGGUUUUCUGGGAAAACCCCCGGAGGAGACUGCCGACUCAAGCAGCGCCCCUCUCCCGAGGGCGCAGGAGGGUCCCGGGCCGAUAUGAUGUACCGGAGAACGGACGAUGUGCCGUCCUCCGCGGGGGACCGCCUCAGGAGCGCCGUGCCUUUUGGAAGCGGGACCCUGUGCAGAGGCUCCGGGACUCCGGUCUUUGGCAGGGCCGAUCGGAAAGUUGCGUGUUGCGAGAAGUGCUCAGCGACCCUUGUUGCUCUCAAGAAACAGGCGCUGAGCCUGGCCGUCCACCAUCACUUCUCCUGCAAGGACACAAGCGAGCUGUCAAUGUUUCUACAUGACAAUCUUCGUGUCCACGGUCGAUCCAACAUGGAGUCCAGGGAGAGAGAGCGAGAGCUUGGCCAGUGUGGAGCCUGUGGAUCAAACGUGAACCAGCUCAAACAGGAGGCCAUCCAUUUGGCCCUGAGUCGUGGUCAGUCUGUAGCCAAGCCCCCUUUCUGGGCCAGCCUCGGCAGUGACACAGUGCAAGGACAAACCGAGACAAAACAUGGCGACAGGGUUGUGCAUCAACCACGCAGUCAAAGCCACAGCCCUCACAUGCCAGGAAGUCCCAGAACGCCGCAGAGGACCCCCCAAACCCUCAGAAGACGGGGACCCAAGACCCCCAAUACCGACAUGGACCGUUGGGUGGAGGAGCAGCAGCAUUUGGUGUCUUCUAAGUCUGUGUCUAAUACAGACCGUGACCCCAUAAAUUCUUACCAUCAGGCUGCAGAUGAUGCCUCACUGGGCUGCGGUGAAUCUGGAGCUAUACAGACAAACUCCAAGAUCCCUAACAUCUCUAGAGUGGUGACCAUCGCUAACACUGCUGCCAUGUCCUUUUUGGCCAGAGCGGCCGAGAGGCUCAACCUGACAUUGCGGAAAAAGGGCCAGGCCUCUGAUCCAGCUCCCUCCCAUUUCUCCACCUGCUUCAGGGAGAUCAUCCAGAAAAACCCACCGCCCGUCCCCUCCUGCCUGCUCCAAGCUGCCGUUCGCACCAAAGACUCGCCCGAUGUUGCCAAGGUGCAAGUAAUGCUGAGGGUGAGCCGAAUGCUCUCAGACGGCCAAGGACAGCCGCCCGUUCUCCGGAUUGACUCAUCCAAAAAAAGAGUCACCGUGCUGGAUCCAAUCAGCAAAAAUCCAACAUACACCACAAUGACACUGGGAAGGGGAGGAAACAAAAGUCCCCUGAAGACCUUCAAUUUUGAUGCAACCUUUUCUCAAGAUUCAAGCCAGGCUGAGGUGGGCGCAGGCGUCUUGUCUGAUGUAAUCCGGUGUGUGUUGAGCGGCAGCGAUGGAUGCGUUCUGGGUUUGGGAUGUACUGAUGUGGGAUCCUGGUCCAGCAUGGUUGGGAGUGGUGAGAACAUACAGAAGCUUGGAAUGAUUCCCUGUGCCAUUUCCUGGCUGUACAGUGCCAUCGAGCGACGCAGGGAGAAGACCUGGACUGAUCUGACAGUAUCGGUGUCCGCCAUCGAGUUGUGCUGCGGGGAUGAGGACACGCUGAGGGACCUUCUGGGGGAAGUGGUUCCCUCAUCAGGCAGCGCCCAAGACAGCCCAAAAGCCCACGUCAGAGUCCAAGAGGAUCCGGUCUAUGGGAUACAGCUUCGUAACCACAACCGGGUGAAGGCCCCCACGGCUGAGCGAGCUGCUUCACUGCUGGACGCGGCCAUCGCAGCUCGCCGACACGCUGACUUUAUCACAUACCUGUGCCACAGCUCCAUAAUGUUCUUCACUCUUUAUGUCCAGCCUCCACGAACAGAAAGCAGUACCAUUGGAAAAGGCUCACGGGGCACCACUAAGCUGACCAUGAUAGAUGUAUGUAGUGGAAUGAGGGGUAUGAUAAAGAAUAAACCUCCACAUUCGGAACUGGGGCCCAUUGUGGUGUCUCUUCUCAGUGGAAAUAAACACAUCCCUAGCAAGGGCAGUAAGCUGGCCAUGCUCCUUCAUGAGUCUAUGACUCGUGCAAACUGCCACAUUACUGUACUUGCCCAGGUUGCUGAUUCUCUGACACACCUUCAAGAGACCUUCUCUACCAUUCAGCUGGCAUCCCGCAUUCGCAGGACACAGAAGAGAACAAAGCAAUCUACAUCAUGUUCCCCUAGUGGGAGGAGCUUGACCAAAGGAAAGAAAGGGACACAGUCUUUGUCUUUGAGAGCGUUCCACUCCACUGAUGAAGUAGACGUCGAUAGUCAUCCUUUCCGUCUGCGUGGUGAACUGCAUCGCUCCAGUAGUGACCAGUCUUGUGACACUGUCAUCCAAAUAGACUCAGAUGGAUUCCAUUCCAAAGCAGCCCCAGUGUUGGCACAACCAGAGUUUGUGCCUAUCAUACCCUCUUUGCAUCCUAACAAGUCUGACUUGGAAGACCCAGAGUUUACUGCUCUUUUGCAAGAACUUCUGAGAAUUCCUCAGCUGCAUGGAGCAAAGAAGCCAGGGGAAGCUCUGCAAGGGGAUACUGAAGUUCUGAAAGUAGAAAAGAAACAGCCUGAAAGGGAUUGUCUUAAAUGUGAUACGUUUGCUGAGCUUCAGGAACGUCUAGGUUGUAUCGAUGGAAGUGAGUUGACAAUGGAUGUGCUAAAAUCUUCUUUAAAAGGGGCUUCACUUGACAAUAUUUUAACCAAGCCGCAUCUCAAAAAAGAAGCCUCAGAUGCACCACAAACCGUGUUGAACCCAGGAAUAGGUUGUAAUCAGGCAGCUCCCGGAGGAAAGCAAACAGAUGGGGCUAUCCCUGGGGACAGUUUUCAGAGAGAGGAUUCUGGUCUCUAUGACUGUGAGGAGUGUGGGACAACCAGUUCAAGUGAGGAACUGUUGAAUCAAACUCUGGGCCGUAACAUGACCCUCCGUUCUGCUCUUCCCAACACAACACCUGCGAAAUUAGGUGAUGAGUUAUCCUCCAAAGGCUUUGAUACAAAUGCUCGGAAUAUGGCCGCUACCAGUUCCCCUGCACUUCACCCACAAGGAAAACAGGAAGGGCAUGAAACUUGGUUCAAACCAGAUAAAAGGGCAUCACCAAUUGGCAAGAGUUCCCCGAUAUCUCCUUCCUCGUCCUGCUCCUCUUCACACUCCUUAGCUAAAAGUGUCAUAUUUGGCGAUAUGUUGUCUAAUCGCACCUCAGAGGACAAUAAGGAAAUGAAAGCCACUAUCACAGUGACUGUUCAACAGCCACUGGAUCUAAAGGGUCAAGAUGAACUUGUCUUUUCUAUGGUAGAGGAGGUGACCAUUAGUGGAGCGUAUGACAGAGGGAAUGCAGGUGGGAACAUAAUUUGUAUCAGAGAUCCCGUUCAAUCACAAGCACAGGAUCAAAGCUUAAACAGUUCUCAACCAAUCAGGAUUAUCAGUAAUGUCAGUGAUGACUCUGCAGUUGCAGGUACCCCUGUUGCAAAAACAACAAACAAUGAAAUGCAUCAGUAUCCAAUAUCAAGAAGAGAAAAAUACAUCUUACCAUCAUUUAUAAAUCCCAUGUUGAUUGAUACGGAUGUGGAGUGUGAUUUAGAUUGUACAAAAGUAAAAGAAAACUCUCAAGAAACACCUGAAGGAGUAAACACAGGAUCUGAGCUCAAAAUAAGUAAUGUCAAAUAUUCAGAGGGCAACAUAAUUCUUGAAAAGAGAACAGGGACAUUUACCUCUGAGGAACAUAAAACCCAUAAAAAGUCUGACAAGGCAUGCUGUCCACCUUGUUGCCAGAGUUCCUCAGACCAAGUAGUUUUAGAAGAUAGUAUUUUUGAAGAGAGACCCCAAAAUACAGACAAACUUCCCCUUAGAGACCAUGAGCAUGUUUAUUCCACCAACAAUGGAAAAGUCUCAGUGGGGGAAAAUAUUGCAAGUAGACAUAGUGGAAAUGUUCCCAAGAGAACCGGCGUUAUACCUGGUUGCCAAGAAACCAUCCUUGAUAUCUCUAUAGCAGGCAGUCUGCCUCAAGCUUGGCAGAAUGCCAGGUUCCAGGACAACCACUCAAGGGGGGUGACAUCAUCCACUCCAUGUAGCCCAGGGGGAACUCUGCAGAGGGGGCAGGGCAGACAGCACUCUUCUAAAAAUUACAGCCUCCUUGUCUCAUCUCCAGAAAAAAGUGGAAGAGAAUUCAAACAGGAUUUAUGUGGCACACUUAGAAAUGGAGACGGAACUGUCUUUGACACCUCAAGCCUAACGAGGAAAAUUGACAAAACAAGUAGCAGGCUUAAAUCACCUGCUGAGGAUAGUAGCAGGCUUUUCAGUACCAAACUGGAGCAGCUGGCAGCAAGAACUAAUUCGCUUGGGAGAAGCCCAAGAGGCUUCCCAACCCUUGAGAGAGGUAGCAGCAACAUUUCUACGAGCUCCAGGGGAAGUUCAAGGGAAAGUUCUAGGAGAGGUUAUAAGGUAGGUUCUAAAGGAGGUUAUGAGGGAGAUGCUACUUUUCCAAGGGCUAGUAGGAGUCCCAAGAAAAAUCCCCGAUCUGACCAAAGUCACCACUAUUUCCACUCUGAAAACCUUGCACCUCAGACUGCUAAACACACCCAUUCCAAGCUAUCUGCUGUGGGAAAACUUAAGAUGGUUAGUCCCAAAAUUCGUCGACUGUCUGCCCCGAGCAUCAAGAACAUGGGUCCUUCCCACAAAAACCUGCAGCACCCUGUCAACCGUAGUGCCAGUCUCUCUCCAGACAGCAAAACAGUUAACUUUGAGCGGACAUCUUCCUUCUUUUCCUCUUCCCCUCCACAAUCUCAUCACUCAAUUAGUCGGACUCCAAGCCAAAGCUCCACGUGUUCAUCUACAAAAUCUGCCAUUCAGGGAUUUGUCAAUGGCCGAAUCUCAGAAAUCUCUAAGGAAAAGGCCUGUAGUCCUACCAUGGCAGGACUGGAUCAACUGACCACACUUCCAUCCCCGUACAGCCAUGUAACUGCUCCACGCAUGCCAGAUCACCAGAGUGGGCAUGCUAGUGACACCACCAGUGUGCUGAGCGGAGAUCUACCACCGGCCAUGGGGAAGACAUCCCUACAUUUCUCUAACAGGAACAGUUUGGUGAGCAGUGGCUAUGACAGCAUGGUAAGGGACAGUGAGGCCACUUCCAACAGAGAAUCACUAAGUGACAGGAGCGGCUCACUACUCAGUGUGGCUCGCAGCAGCCGAUCAUCUCGGAGGCGAGGCAACACAGGUACGCACCCGCGGCGUCUUUCCCAUGAUACAGCCCCGUCUUUGAAGCGCCCAGCCGGCGGCCUGCGGUCUCGUUGGAUGGAUCGGGGAAUUCCAGAGGCGUAUGAGAUCAAGGUCUAUGAAAUCGACAAUGUGCAAAGGAUGCAGAAAAGAGCAGGUGCUGGCAAACAGGGUCCCACAUACUUCAGCGCCAAGCUGAAGUUUUUAGAACAACGUCAGCAGAGGAUCUCAGAGGUCCGAGUCAAAUACAACAACCUGAGGAGAGAGCUGGAGCAGUCCAAACACAACCUCAUGCUGGAGCCCGAAAAGUGGAACCAAGAGUUCGACGUAUGGCAGACGUUCGAGGUGGACCCCCUGGAGCAUUUGGAGGCACUUGAGGAGGUGACAACUCGUUUGGGGAACAGGGUCAGCCUCUGUAAGGCCAGCAUCAUGAUGGUCACCUGCUUUGAUGCUUCCACCAGGAGGCGACGCAAGAAGCGAUGGCGAAAGGCACCACAACAGAGAACCUUGAAAGGAUUCUGAGCAGAACUAUAAAAUGCAGAACUCUUGCAUUUUGUCUUGUACUACUGGUUGACCGUCCCUAAAAAUGUUUGGACAUGUAUUUAAACACCCCCCUCCCCCCAUAUUUCACUUUACACUCACAUUUAGUUUUUAAGUAUGUAAUGCUUCUUCACUUUUAAUUACACAAGUGCCACAUAUUAUGACUUCACGAAAAGAAGUCAUAAUAUUUUGACUUCCUAUUUCUCUGUUAACAGUCCGUAAAUAGCACUCAUACACACAAGUUCUCAGUCUCUUAACUGUCAUAGUAACAAAAUGUUUUUGUUUGUUUUAGAAAACUGUGCAAUAUAUUGAAAGCCAUUAGUUGUGCUCAAUUCAGCAUCUAAUGCUAAUGCGAUAUUUUAGUGUAGCUGAAGGACACAUGUUGUAACCUUUACUCUCUUUGUAAAAGUUGUACUGCAUUUUUAAAAACAUUACAGCAUUUUGCUGUAAGGUAUACGCAAAAUGUACACCAAUGACUCAGUCUUGGUUCCUUGGUGCUGAUUUUCAUUAAAGUCUUCCUUUAGAUUAAAGACUGGGCAGAUAAUAGAUACAGUUCAUACUGGUUGCUACACAGGUAAUUACAAGCCAGAAAUCAACCCAUGAUAUAUGAAAGCGAUAAUACUAUGGCAAUUUCACUUUGUUGAAGUAUUUUUGUUUAAAUGCAUCGCUUCUGGUAUUCUCAGACUGAUGACAUCAUCAGUCAUGCUGGUAAAAAGACAUUUUAACCAUCAUUGAAGCUUCCCUAUGACUGAAAGGAAACUACCCCUUGUGCCAUUUUGUGUUUUGAAUUUGGUGCAUUUCAUAAUUUAAAAAUAUGUAAGAGAAAAAAAAUUGGUGUCAUACUGAAAAGGAUGCUGAGUUGAGAGAAACAUUUAGAAAUAAUCUCAAUAAAUUCUGGGUGCCAACUGUCAGAA